AUGAAAGCGGUUGUGCUCGCCCUGACUCUGGCCCUAGUGGCCGGACAACACCCUAACUUUGCUCCGGAUUUUUCUCCUGGCAAAACGUAUGUGUACAAGUAUGAGGCGUCCAUCAUGAACGGUUUGCCUGAUGAGGGUUUGGCAAGAGCUGGACUCAACAUCACCAGCAAAUUCCUCAUUAAUGCUGUAAACCAAAACACAUACAUGCUGAAGCCUUUGGAACUUAAGAUCAAUGAGUACAACGGCGUUUGGCCAAAGGAUCAUCCCGAGCCAGUUAGCAAGCUGACUGCUGCUAUGACACCGGAGCUAAACAUUCCCAUCAAGUUUGAAUACAGCAAUGGUGUUGUAGGAAAAGUGUUUGCCCCUGAAGGAGUCUCAGAUUUGGUGCUGAACCUCUAUAGAGGUUUCCUUAACAUCCUUCAGCUCAACAUCAAGAAGACACACAAUGUUUAUGAUCUGCAGGAGGCUGGAACUCAGGGUGUGUGCAAGACCCUUUACUCUGUCAACGAAGAUGUGAAGGCUGACCGUAUCCUCCUGACUAAAACUAAGGACAUGAACCACUGCCAGGAAAGGAUCACUAGAGAUAUGGGGUUGGCAUAUACUGAGAAAUGUGAAAAGUGCCAGAGGGAAUCCAAAAAUCUGAGAGGAUCAACAUCAUACAGAUACGUCUUGAAGCCAGUUCCCAGUGGAAUCAUGAUCCUGGAGGCAGAUGUAAAUGAGCUAAUCCAAUUCUCACCUGUGUCUGAGCGUUAUGGAGCUGUUCAAACAGAAACUAGGCAAACCUUGUCCUUCCUUGAGAUUGAGAAAUCCCCUAUUGCACCCAUCCCUGCUGAGUAUCAUCACCGUGGAUCUCUCAAGUAUGAGUUCUCCAAUGAGUUUGAUCUGUCACCAUUUCAACUUGCCAAGGUCACUGAUGAACGCGCCCAGAUCGAGGAGCUUCUGAAUCAUCUAAUUACCCACAAUGCAGAGGAGGUCAAUGAGCAUGCUCCUUUGAAGUAUUGGGAAUUGAUUCAGUUCUUACGUCUUGCCCGCUAUGAAGACCUGGAAGCGGUCUGGAAUAAGUAUAAAAAUAUGCCAUCUCACAGACUCUGGCUCUUAGAGGCUAUUCCAGCCACUGGAACCACCGCUGCUCUCAGAUUCAUCAAGGAGAAAUUUCAGGCUGAAGACUUGAGUGUUGCUGAGGCAGUUAGAACCUUGGUUGCAGCUGUUCACAUGGUUAAAGCAAAUCCUGAAUCCAUCAAGCUGUUUGAGACCCUGACCGAAGACAACAAAAUCAAUGCCAACCCAGUUCUGCGCGAGAUCGUCUUCCUCGGCUACGGCACAAUGAUUUCCAAAUAUUCUGCAGAGUCAGAUGUUUCACCUGCCGAACAUAUUAAACCAAUUCAGAAGCGUCUCUCAGAAGCAGUUUCUAAGGGUGAGACAGAAGACAUCAUCUUGUAUGUGAAGGUUUUGGGAAAUGCAGGACACCCCAGUAGCCUCAAGUCAAUCACAAAAAUUAUGCCUGUUCACGGCACUGCUGCUGCAUCUCUGCCAAUCAGAGUUCAUAUUGAAGCCAUCAUGGCUCUGAGGAACAUUGCAAAGGAAGAACCAAGAAUGGUCCAGGAACUGGCUCUUCAGCUCUACAUGGAUAAGGCUCUUGACCCAGAACUUCGUAUGCUCUCAUGCAUUGUCCUGUUUGAGACCAAUCCCUCAAUGGCACUGAUUUCCACCCUCGCCAACGCUGUUAAGUCAGAGGAAAAUUUGCAGGUUGCCAGCUUCACAUACUCUCACAUGAAGUCCCUGAGCAGAAGUGGUUCCGUUCUUCAUCCAUCAGUGGCUGCAGCUUGUAAUGUUGCCAUGAAGAUCUUGAGCCCAAAGCUGGACAGACUGAGCCUACGUUAUAGCAAAGCCGUCUAUGGGGAAGCCUACAGCAGCUCACUGAUGCUGGGUGCUGCUGCUACCGCUUUCUACAUCAACGAUGCUGCCACCUUUCUGCCAAGGUCUGUUGUUGCCAAGACCAGAGCCUUCUUUGCUGGAGCUGCUGCUGAUGUCCUGGAGAUUGGAGUGAGAACUGAUGGACUGCAAGAGACCCUUCUGAAAAACCCUUCAAUUCUUGAGAGCACCGACAGGAUCACCAAGAUGAAACGUGUCAUCAAGGCUCUUUCCCAGUGGAGAUCUUUGCCCAACAACAAAGCUUUAGCAUCCUUCUACUUCAAGCUGUUUGGACAAGAGAUUGCCUUUGCCAACAUCGAUAAACCUAUGGUUGAACGGGCUAUUGAGCUUGCCAGUGGACCCUCUGUUCAGGCUUAUGGUCUCAAAGCUUUGAAGACUCUUCUUCUCUCUGGUGUCAAUUUCCACUAUGCAAUGCCUGUGCUGUUUACUGAGGUGCGACGCGUAUUACCCACUGCUACUGGUCUUCCGGUGGAGCUCAGUCUUUACUCUGCUGCUGUGGCUGCAGCUGCUGUAGAAAUAAAACCAACUCUGUCACCACGUCUGCCUGAAGACUUCCCUCUCUCACGCCUUCUGGAAACAGAGAUCAAGCUCGAGACUGAGAUCAGACCCAGUUAUACUAUGGAGACCUAUGCUUUGAUGGGAGUUAACACUCCCGUUUUCCAGGCUUUCAUGGUUUCAAGGGCUAAAUUUAACUCAACUGUGCCUGCCAAAAUCUCUGCAAGACUUGACAUUAAGGAGGGUGACUUUAAGAUAGAAGCACUUCCUGUUUCUACCCCUGAGAACAUCACAGCUGGAAGUUUUGAGACCUAUGCAGUGACAAGGAACAUCGAGGAGCCAACAGCAGAGAAAAUCACUCCAAUCUUACCAUACAAAGCUUUCCCAUCCAUCUCAAGCCAGAUUGUAUCCAGCGAAGAUUCUUCUUCUGAUGAAAUUUCCUCAGAAAUUCUUGAGGAAGAUGACAAACACAAGGUUCCAUUCUUGGCUAAGAGAUACUGUGCCAAGUACCGUGCCAUUGGACUCAAAGCCUGCUUCAAGGUCGCCACUGAAAACGCUGCUUUCAUCCGUGACUCUGCUCUGUACAGAAUGAUUGGACGCCACAAUGCUUCUUUCUCUAUCAAACCAAUUGAAGGUGAAGCUGCAGUUGAGAGACUGGAGAUGGAGGUUAAAGUUGGAGCUAAAGCAGCAGAGAAGAUCAUUAAGCAAAUCAACAUGAAUGAUAAUGCAGGAACAGUGCUGUCCAAGCUCAACAAAAUCCUGACUUCAAAUUUGAAUCGCACUGCAUCCUCCUCCUCAAGCUCCAGCAGCAGUUCUUCCUCAAAGCAUUCCUCCAAAUCCUCAUCAUCUAGCUCUUCCUCUCGUCCCAGUGGCAGCAGUAGCAGCAGCAACAGCAGCAGUAGCAGCAGCAGCAGAAGCAGCAGCAGAAGCAGCAGUAGUAGCAGCAGCAGCAGCAAGAGCAGCAGCAGAAGCAGUAGUAGAAGCAGCAGCAGAAGCAGCAGCAGAAUCAGUAGCAGCAGCAGAUUGAGCUCCUCAAGAUCCUCCAGCAACUCAUCCAGCUCAAGCUCUGCAUCAAGCCUUGCUUCACUGUUCAGUGCGGAAUCAAGUUCUUCUCGCGACAGUGCUCGUCGUUCAAUGCAAAAGGCCAAUUCUCACAGGUUUAGGAAGAGCCACAAGAACCAGACUCUGUCAUCAGAAGAGCGUUCUAGAAGCAGAAGCAGCGACUCCAGUUUUGAGGCCAUUUACUCAAAGAACGAGUUCCUUGACGAAAGGGAUGUCGCUGUUGUUGUCAGUGUCCGCGCUGUAAAGACUAACAAGAAAGACCUGGGAUACCAAGUUGUUGUUUAUGUUGACAAACCAAAUGCCAGACUUCAGAUCAUCCUGUACCCUCUGUCUGGAAGCAACUGGAAGCUGUGUGCUGAUGGAGUUUUGCUGAGCAAGCACAAAGUCUCUGCUAAGCUUGCCUGGGGAGAAGAAUGCAAAGAGUACAGCACCAUGAUCACCGGUGAAACUGGUCUGGUCAGUUCAAGCCCUGCAGCUCGCCUCAGAAUGACCUGGGAAAAACUACCCUCUUAUGUGAAGCGCUAUGGAGAGAAGGCUUAUGACUACAUGCCCACCAAAAUGCUGGCUGACUUGAUCAAAGAAAAGCGUGCAAACAGCACCAGGCAGCUCUCUUUCACCGUUGUUGCAGAAUCUGAGAAGUCCAUUGAACUUAUUGCAAAAACACCAAGGCGCACUUCUUACAACAUGACUUUACAUCUUCCCAUCACCCUUCCACUUCAAGAGCUCAAAACCCUUACCCCCUUUGAGGAGGUUAUUGAUAAAGUCCACUAUGUAUUUGCUAAGGCUGUUGCAGCUGAAUGCAGUUUGAACAAUGACACACUGAGAACAUUUAACAACAGACGAUACAAGAACAAGAUGCCAGAGUCUUGCUACCAGGUUGUUGCACAGGACUGUACUGAGGAGCUGAAAUUCAUGGUCCUACAAAUGAAGGAUGCCACAGAACAGUACCACCUUAAUGUUAAGAUUGCUGACAUAGACAUUGAUCUGUACCCCAAGGAGGAGGAGGUCCACGUUAAGGUCAACGGAAUGGCAAUACCUCUCACAAGCCUGCCAUACCAGCAUCCAACAGCUUCCAUUGAGAUCAGAGAAAAUGAAGAGGGAGUUUCUGUGUAUGCAGUCAGCCACGGGCUUCAUGAAGUCUACGUGAACCAGACCUCUUGGAGGAUUAAAAUCGCUGACUGGAUGAAAGGCAAGACCUGUGGGCUCUGUGGAAAGGCUGAUGGGGAAGUCAGACAGGAUUAUCGUGCACCCAAUGGACGCUUGGCCAGAAACUCUGUCAGCUUCGCUCUUUCCUGGAUUUUACCAGCAGAAAGCUGCAAAGACAACACUGAAUGCCGCAUGAAGUAUGAAUCCAUCCAGCUGGAGAAGAAGAUCAAUGUCCAUGGUGAGGACUCCACAUGCUUCUCUGUUGAACCAGUACUGCGCUGUCUGCCUGGAUGCUCUCCUGUCAAAACCACCUCUGUCAAUGUUGGCUUCAAGUGCUUUGCCGAUGAUUCUUCUAGGGAUCUUAGUAACAUCUUCGACGAAAGUGUGGACGUGAGGGAGUCUACAGAGGCUCACCUUGCCUGUAGCUGCUCUCCUCAGUGUUCUUAAAAAACAGUUCUCUAUUAGUCACCAACUUAAUGUGUAUGUUUUAAUUGUAACUUUAAAAUAAAUGCAUCUUGAAAGAAUU